CGAUAGAUGACCCAAUUAAACUUUCACAAUUUAUGCUUGAUAAUACCAAUUUUAUAAUAUAUGGAGUACAGGAGCUACUACAUACAGAAAGGAAUUGAUAACUUGACAUGACAUAAUAUAGCGGGACUUCUUUGGGAAUUAAAUUAAUAUUUGGUCUUCUCAUAGUACAGGUACAAUACAAGUACAGUAUGCCAAAGACUCGAGGACUCGAUACGAUCAACUGCUAAUCAUCAGGUCUUAAUUGCUAUCAUGAAGUGUAGUAGAAGAACACGAACACUUUUCCAACAAUUGGAAGGAAAGAGUAGAGGAGGAUGGCCUUCAUCAUCAUUAUCCUCGAGAACUCAAUGUCGAGCUCAAGUAUUGUCUGCAGCAACAAGCUGUCGUAUAACACAUCAGCCAAAAAGAUUGUAUGGUUCGAUACAUGCAUCAGAACUUCAAUUUGGUCAGCCUGUUCAUGAAACCCAUCCGCAUUUAUUGAAUGCCGGAGAAGGUAUGAAAUGAAUUCAAUCGUGUCAUUACGAUUAGACUAAAACAAUAUCAGUUACUCCAGGUAUCACCGCGCAAGAAUAUGCGGAUCGCCGAGCAGAUUUUGCUGCAAAACUUCCUUCAAAUUCAAUUGCCAUCCUAAGAGGAGCAGAUAUCAAAUAUCGAUCCGGAGCUGUAUUCCAUGAAUUUCACCAACAAUCAAACUUCUUCUAUCUUACUGGAUUUAAUGAACCAGAGGCCAUUGCAGUAAUCCAGAGGCUGGAGUCUUCAGACUUUAUAUUUCACCUGUUCGUUAGGCCGAAGGAUGCACAAGCAGAACUUUGGGAUGGUGCUAGAUCUGGGGAACAAGCAGCCUUGGAUGUUUUCAAUGCAGAUGAGGUAAGGCUUUUUUCUACAAUAUGUCGCAAACAAGAACGCUAAUACUGACAUAGUCUGGAGAUGUCAAUCACGCACAUCUGCUUCUGAAGCCACUCAUUGAAGGUGCCAGUGAAGUAUUUAUGGAUAUCAAAGAAUUCCAAGGGCCGGCCAUAGAAUCGCAAUGUGUAUCAAAGCAAAAGGAACUUGUGCAACUCCUACGCGACGCUAAAGUAAAGAAAACGAGGCCAAUUGAGUCAUUGAUAAACGAAUUGAGGGCCAUCAAAAGUAAAGCCGAAAUUGAAAAUAUGCGAAAGGCAGGCAAAAUCUCCGGGAGGUCUUUUACAAAUGCUAUGCGACAGCGAUGGACCGAAGAAAAACAUCUUGGCGCCUUUCUGGAGUAUGAUUUCAAGAUUGGAGGUUGUGAGAAGAGUGCUUAUGUGCCAGUCAUUGGAGGUGGAAGAAACGCUCAGAGCAUACAUUACGUUUCCAACAAUGAUGUUCUACGAGAUGGCGAACUUGUUCUGGUAGAUGCCGGUGGACAAUAUGGUGGAUACAUUGCGGAUAUCACCCGAACAUGGCCCAUUAAUGGCAAGUUUACAGAUGCUCAGAAAGAUCUAUAUGAGGCAGUUUUAAGAGUUCAACGAAGUAGUAUCGCACUAUGCAGAGAAAGCUCAAAUAUGACACUGGACAAAAUACACUCAGUCACAAGGCAUGGUCUUAUGGAUCAAUUGAAGCAAUUAGGAUUCGAUAUGUCUGGAAAUGCUAUCGAUAUUCUCUUCCCUCACCAUGUCGGUCAUUACAUUGGACUUGAUGUUCAUGAUGUCCCCGGCUAUUCUCGAAGUAAACUUCUGAAGGAAGGACAUUGUGUUACAAUUGAGCCGGGAAUUUAUGUACCAAAUGAUGACCGCUGGCCAUCUCAUUUCUGGGGUAUGGGCAUCAGGAUUGAGGAUAGUGUUUGUGUGCAGGAUGAUUCGCCCCUAGUCUUGACUACCGAGGCAGUCAAGGAGGUUGUAGAUAUCGAAGCUUUACGCGAUUAGAUGAAAGGGGAUGAAUGUAUGAAUGUAUGAUAAUGAUGUAUACCACUCCAACCAAAAAGUAUAAAUAGAAUAUAAAUACCCCCAAAUUAAUCAGAACAAUGUCGAGUAGAUGCUGUAAAGUUUUGCGAUAGAGCUCCAGUGUGCC